CAGGAGUAAAUACAAAUUUAUUUUGGAAUGUAGUGUAACUUCCAACCCGACGCAGAGCCAUAACUUAUCUCUAGUUUGAAUAGGUUUAGGUUUCAAAGGAAAAGAAAAUCACCAUGAACUUGCGACUCUCCCUACUCUUUCUGACUGUCUUGUGUGCGCUCUCCAUUGCCACUAUCCCGGCCCCGGGUGAGUUUGUGUCCCUGGCAGAGAUGGAGGAUGCGUUGCUCAGGAACCUGUUCCAGGGUUACCAGCGCUGGGUCCGACCCAUCCAGCACGCCAACGACACGGUCACUGUACGCUUUGGUCUGAAGAUCUCUCAGCUGGUCGACGUGGAUGAGAAGAACCAGUUGAUGACCACCAAUGUCUGGCUCUGGCAGGAGUGGAUUGACUACAAGUUGCGAUGGAACCCUGCUCACUAUGGAGGAAUCACAUCCAUCAGAGUUCCCUCAGAGACUAUUUGGCUGCCAGACAUUGUUCUCUAUGAGAAUGCUGAUGGGCGCUUCGAGGGCUCCCUGAUGACCAAGGCCAUUGUCAAGUUCAACGGCGCCAUCACCUGGACGCCGCCGGCCAGCUACAAGUCAGCGUGCACCAUGGACGUCACCUUCUUCCCCUUUGACCGGCAGAACUGCUCCAUGAAGUUCGGCUCCUGGACGUACGACGGCAACAUGGUGGACAUGGUCCUGAUCGACGACCACGUGGACAGGAAGGACUUCUUUGACAACGGCGAGUGGCAGAUCCUCAACGCCACAGGGGCAAAGGGGAACCGGAAAGACGGCCUCUACUCUUAUCCCUUCAUCACAUACUCGUUCAUCCUGAAGAGGCUGCCGUUGUUCUACACCUUGUUUCUGAUCAUCCCCUGCUUGGGCUUGUCGUUCUUGACCGUGCUGGUGUUCUACCUUCCGUCGGAUGAAGGAGAGAAACUGUCGCUCUCCACCUCCGUCCUGGUGUCGCUCACUGUCUUCCUGCUCGUGAUCGAGGAGAUCAUCCCUUCCUCCUCCAAGGUCAUCCCCCUCAUCGGGGAGUACCUGCUCUUCAUCAUGAUCUUCGUCACCCUCUCUAUUAUCGUCACUGUCUUUGUCAUCAACGUGCAUCACCGCUCCUCGUCCACCUACCACCCCAUGUCGCCGUGGGUACGCAACCUCUUCCUCCAGAGGCUACCCAGGAUGCUUUGCAUGCGGGGCCAUACCGACCGCUACCACUACCCAGAGUUGGCGCCUGAGAGCCCCGAGCUGAAGCCCAAGACAGGGGCACGGAAGGGGGGCCAGAGGGGCUCUGGCGAGGCCCACGGACAGGCCUCCCCAGAGGGGAAGGAGGACGAGAGCCAGGCCUGGCUCAACAUGCUGGAGAGGGCUACGUGCUCAGUCCGCUACAUCAGUCGCCAUAUCCGUAAAGAGCACUUCAUCCGAGAGGUGGUCCAGGACUGGAAGUUUGUGGCUCAGGUUCUGGACAGGAUCUUCCUGUGGGCCUUCCUCACCGUGUCAGUGUUGGGCACCAUCCUCAUCUUCACCCCUGCAAUCUACAUGUUCCUCAGCACCCCCCCACAGUCAAAUACAGCCCCAGAGACUACUGGCCCCUAGCCUAGAUGACCCAGACACUGCCCUCACCCACUUCCCUUCCCUGUCUCCACCCUGAGUCAGCACCCACGAUCCUCUCCUCGGUCCAGAUCUUACUGGUCUCUCCACCUCAGUACCUGUACCCAGCAUUGGAAGCUGAUCAGGUUGGUUUGGUUCUGCCCUCUGCACAUUCUGCCAUGGCUUACUUAGGCCCAAUUAUGGAUAUCACCAUGUCAACCUGCAAGUACUGUAGCUUAGUUCUUCACCCUAACAUCUCCACAGCUGGCAGUUCAUCUCUGAUGCCACAUUUCAUCUAAGUAGAUAUGUGGAUGAUCUAUCAAAAGAGACAAGACUCACUUACAGUAUAAGGGGGAGGGUGUUAGAUCAAAGUUGUGCUGGGUAUUACACAUUAUUGCUUUAAGGUAAUGUAACGUAGUUCAAUAUCAAGAUUGAACUACCUUCGAUUAGUAUAGUACACCAUAAAUAUAUUGCAGUGUAUUCAAUAAAUAAUAUAUUUCACUAGGUUGUAACUACGGCAAUACAUACAACUUACUUGCAACAUAGUACCUAUACUCUUUAUCUUUUUAUACUGUGGAGUUAUUUAUUUGAAGAAAAGAAAAGUUAGAUUGUAGAAUGGUGUCAGUAUCCAGGUCAU